AUGAGCUGGCAUCCAGGCCCCGCCUCCCUCCGAGUGGUCCGUGAGGUUGUGAUAGCUCCAGGAGGGGGGAUGCUGAGCUGAGCCUCCGCAGGUCCCUACAAGUGUGAAGGGCAGCCUGUCUGUGCCACAGAAGAACUUGGGGACCAUUCUGAGAAGCAGCCUUUUCUCACAACCCUGUUCCUCUUCUGUCUGUCUCGGCUUCUCUAGCUUUUUACAGGAAUUUCCGAUUGAGGCACUAACAGCUAAUUCCACAGGAGUUGUGAGGCAGCCUGUGACACAAACUGAGACAGAAGUUUCCCCUCAGAGGCUGUCUCUUUUUUAUUGGCAAAGACUUCUGGCUCCCCUCAGAGGAAUACCUUGUUGCUUAAGAUGAGUGGCUGUAGAAAACGGUGUAAACGUGAAAUAUUGAAAUUUGCCCAGUACCUUCUCAGACUAUUAACAGGUUCUCUUCAUACAGACAGCGUGGAGGAUGAGCUGGAGAUGGCCACCGUCAGGCAUCGGCCUGAGGCCCUUGAGCUGCUGGAAGCCCAGAGCAAGUUCACCAAGAAGGAGCUCCAGAUUCUUUACCGAGGAUUUAAGAAUGAAUGCCCCAGCGGUGUUGUUAACGAAGACACCUUCAAAGAGAUUUACUCACAGUUCUUUCCACAGGGAGACUCUACAACGUAUGCACAUUUUCUGUUCAAUGCGUUUGACACAGACCACAAUGGAGCUGUGAGUUUUGAGGAUUUCAUCAGGGGUCUUUCCAUUUUGCUCCGGGGGACAGUACAAGAAAAACUCAACUGGGCAUUUAAUUUGUAUGACAUAAACAAAGAUGGCUACAUCACUAAAGAAGAGAUGCUUGAUAUCAUGAAAGCAAUAUACGACAUGAUGGGUAAAUGCACAUAUCCGGUCCUCAAAGAAGACGCUCCCAGACAACACGUGGAGACAUUUUUCCAGAAAAUGGACAAAAAUAAAGAUGGAGUUGUUACUAUAGAUGAAUUCAUCGAAAGUUGCCAAAAAGAUGAAAACAUAAUGCGCUCCAUGCAGCUCUUUGAAAAUGUGAUUUAACUUGUCAAAUACAUCCUCAGACAAAUGUGAAUGAUCCUACCACACAAGUGGGAGCUGCCACUUUUAGCAUAGACUGCUCAGCUUGACACUGAGGCAUAUUAUGCAAACCAGCUUUGUUUUCAUAUGAAACAGUCCCCAAAAGAUUUGAGUUCUCCACUUUUAAAUUUGCAUCCUUUUCAUAAUGCAAAUUUCAUGGGAUGGUCUAAGUCAUUUCACACCCUGUGGAUAUUCAAAAGUAAUAGAAUCUGGCAUAUAGUUUUAUCGAUACUUUAGCCAUGGGAUUAUUGAGGCUUUCACAUUAUCAGUGACUUUAAAAUGUUUUCUGCUACUCAUGUGUAUGUACUCAACCCCAGGAUUUUAAAUGGUUUUCUAAAAUGUUGGCAUCUGCAUUUAAUUUCCAGAAAUUAAUUUUCGUGUUUGUGUGCUAUAAUUCCACUAUAUACUUAAGUGAACAAAACUACCAAGAUUUAAGAAAGCAACAGUCACAGUUCCUAUGGAUUUGCUGCCUUCUGUUAAAGACAUUCAUUUAUCUGGCGGUUUUCUAAAUAAUAUGAAACAAAUUAGUUGAUCACCAGAUGUCCACAUAUGCCUAAUAGCUUAUUUAAUAAGCAUUUUUUAAUUUUUCAUAAAUACUUAUCAAGCCAAGGCCUACAUGAUGUUUAUAAUUUUGGAUUUGCUUAAUUCAACAAGUUGAUGUUUAUCCCAUUGUCACUAAGUGGAAGCCCGAGAAGGUGGAAGACAGUGAGGGUGUUUAUAGGUAUAUGUGAAGGGUCAGACAUCUGUCCUCCAGUCCCCAGUAAUGCUAAUGAGUAAUUUUAAUCGCACUAAAAGCCUAUUGCAUCUUCUCCCUGGACUCCCUCAGGCACCUUUAUGUUACAUGCCAUCAGGGCAAAGAAACCUGACCACUCCAACGUGUGCUAGGAAGGAACAGCAAGCAGAAGUCACUUUGAAAGCACCAGUGAUUCCAUUACAGCCAGAACUCCAAUUCCAAAAUUUAGUUGAAAAUGCAUAUCAAGUGCUAAGCAACUCAUUUGGAAGGUGUUAUGAUUUAGCUUAUCAUCCAAUUCCAAUAAUUCAGAUUCUUUUUCACACUCUCAAGCCAAAACUGUAAAAGUUGCCAUAACAUUACUAAAGAUACACACACCUUCCCUGUUUUGCAGAAAUAUCACAAAGACCAAGAGGUUACUGUAGGAGGAAACUUGCAACUGUCUUUGCAACAAUAAAUCAGGUAUCUAUUCUGGUGUAGAGAUAGGAUGUGGAAAGCUGCCCUGCUAUCACCAGUGUAGAAUUAAGAGUAGUACAAUACAUGUACACUGAAACUCGCCAUCGCGUAUUUGUGUAAACUCAAUGUGCACAUUUUGUAUUUCAAAAAGAGAAAAUAAAGCAAAUAAAAUGUUUAUAACUCUA